UCUUUUUGUUCUGUUUUUCAUAUUUGGCAGGAUCUGAUCAUCAUAAUAGUAGCACGACGGCGAUGUCGUCUCAACAGUGCCCUCUCCGUAGAACUGCAGCCGAUAACUUUUUGUACUCCGAGGACGAGAAGUCCGAUUAUGAAUGGCUGGUUACGCCACCAGGCUCACCGACUAGCAGCGUAACAAACCAACUCGAGUCACCUUAUGCAGACCGGAUGACUCUUAUAACUAGGUUAGAAAGCUACAGCAGAGAAGAGAGCGAAAACGUACCAUCUAAGACCCAAAAGACGUCGCUACACAGUUCCUCCUCUGUUUAUGGAAUCAGAAGACCCUCUUCCUCCAGUAGCUCAAGGUCAACGAGUAGACCUUCCUCACCACCCAGAAAGUCAACUCCAGCAGCCAAAAGGCCAUCAACGCCGACCUCAUGUGCCACCUCAACAUCUGCACGUGCCACAUUAACCUCGUCAUCUGCUACUAAUAGCUAUAGAUCAACGACCAGACCUUCUUCUAGUUCUGGAACCUCCUCCUCUGCUCGUUCCGCCACCUCCACCGGCCAGCAAACUACUUGUUCAGACACCUCUACUCGAUCCAAUAACCGGCCCAUGUCGGCACCUAAUUCCAAACCGGGAUCGAGGUCAAGUACUCCAACUCGCCGUCCACCAACCCCGACCGGUUCAUCCACUGUACUGAGAAGUAAAGCAAUUAAACCGGUGAGUAAACCGGCUAUGUCACAAGGAGCAUCUCCGAUAGUAAGAUCAAGGCCAUGGGAACCUUACGAGAUGCCUGGAUUCUCUCUAGAAGCGCCGUCGAAUCUUAGAACUACGUUACCAGAUAGGCCAAAAACAGCGUCAAGUAGCAGAACCAGAGCAUUUGGCGCGUCUAAUAGUUCAAGAUCAGCGUCCAUAGAACGCGAGGUUGCAAGGAGACAGUCUUGCUCGCCUUCUAGAAGCCGAGUUCCGAACGGAAACGCAAACGGUGCUGUUCCUUCGUUACGUGGACGACGAGCAAAGACUAAGAACGAUGAUGGUGGAAUGAUAAGUCAUGUGGCCACGGGAAAUCAAAAGGUCGAGAGAGUUGUGAAUGUGAGAAAACUUGCUCCGCCGCGACAGACUGAAAGCAGCGGCCGAGGACUUAGUGGUGGUGGUGGUGGCUCCUCAGCCGGGAAGUCGAGCUCGGGAUCUGAUGGUUUUGGGUUUGGGAGAAACCUAUCUAAAAGCUCCAUCGACAUGGCCUUGAGACACAUGGAUGUUAGACGUCGAGGAAGCAUGGCAGGGAAUUUCCGACCGUCAGUGACGAAAGUACCAGCGACUUCAUUGUACAGUAUGACAUCAUAUAGAAACCGGCCGGUGAGCAGCAGCGGGAGCUCGGAAUCGAGUGUCAACGUAUUGUGCUUAGAGGGUAGCGACGAUAAUCUCAGCGACAUAAGUUACUCUUAAAGUUACCCGUGAAUCUCUCUGUAAGAUUCGAAUUAUGAAAGGUCUUUAAGAGGCUCGCGAAUGGUCAUAAAUUUUUGGUUUA